AUGACUAUGAAACGCACCAUUCUGAGUGCGGCCGCACUGCUCGUCUCUGCGUCCGCCCUGCCGUUCGCCGCGUCCGCCGUGGCGCAAGACGCCGGCACAUCCGCGGACACGGUUCGCGAUGUCGUCACAGUGACGGCCCGCCGUCGCGAGGAAAGCCUGAAGGACGUCCCGGUGGCCGUGUCCGCCCUCUCAGCGGACCAGCUCGACCAGAUCGGGGCCCAGGACAUCACGACCUUGCAGGCGAUCACCCCGAACGCCACCGUGCAGGUCGCACGCGGCUCGAACUCCACCCUGAUCAGCUUCAUCCGCGGCGUGGGUCAGCAGGAUCCGCUCUGGGGCUUUGAGCCGGGCGUGGGCCUGUACAUCGACGACGUCUAUGUGGCGCGUCCUCAAGGCGCCGUGCUCGACAUCUUCGACAUCGAGCGCAUCGAGGUUCUGCGCGGCCCGCAGGGCACGCUCUACGGCCGCAACACCAUUGGCGGCGCGAUCAAGUAUGUCACAGCCCGCAUGGAUGGCGACCCGACGCUGAUGGCGCGCGUGUCCGGCGGCUCCUAUAAUCAGCUCGACUACAUGGUGUCGGCGUCCACGCCGCUGUCAGACACUUUCGCCGUUGGCGGCGCCUAUGCGCGCUACACCCGUGACGGUUACGGCGAGAACCUGACCACGGGUCAGGAUCACUACAACAAGGAUGUCACGGCUUUCCGCCUCAGCGCGGAAUGGACCCCGACAGACGAUCUGUUCUUCCGCCUUGCGUAUGACCGCGUCGAGGAUGAUUCCAAUCCGCGUCAUGGUUCGCGGAUCCUGCCGGGGGCUCUGCCGGGCUCCACGCCGCUGGAUGACAUCUAUGACACCCGCGCCGGCCUUGUGGGCGAGAACUCGGUCUCGACCGAAGGUUUGUCCCUGACGGCGGAAUGGAAUUUCAGCGACACGCUGACCUUCAAGUCGAUCACCGCCUAUCGCGAGGGCGAUACCGACACCAUCAUCGAUUUUGACAACACGCCGACCCCGGUUCUGGACAUCCCGGCCUAUUACGCCGACGACCAGUUCACCCAGGAAUUCCAGCUGGCCUAUGAAGGCGAGCGGAUGCAGGGCGUUGUCGGCGUCUACUAUCUCGACAGCACGGCCGAGGGCGCGUUCGACACCGUGGCGGGCCUUCUGGGCAUCACCAUCGGGACCGGCGGCAGCGUGGACACCGAGAGCUACGCCAUUUUCGGCGACUUCAGCUAUGACGUGACCGAUCGUCUGCGCGUCUCGCUGGGCGCUCGCUACACGGAAGACAAGAAGACCGGCGACGUCUUCCGCGCCAACUAUCUGGGCGUCGGCCGCACGCCGCUGACCGGCGGUCCGGCGGCGACCCCGAUCCUGCUGCGCACCGAUUACACCAGCGAGCGCAGCUUCGAUCAGUUCACCCCGCGACUGUCGGUCUCCUAUGAUCUCAAUGAUCAACUGACCGGCUACGCCUCCUACAGCCAGGGCUUCAAGUCCGGCGGUUUCGACAUGCGCGGCGACGCCAUCCUGACGCCGGACACCGUGAACGGCUAUGAGCCGGAAACCGUGGACAGCUUCGAGCUGGGCCUGAAGGGCGAGAAUAUCGGCGGCGUGCUGAACUUCAGUUCCGCCCUGUUCUGGUCUGACUAUCAGGAUCAGCAGGUGACCACCCAGGUCCCGACCGCGACCGGCAUCGCCAGCUUCGUGGACAAUGUGGGCCAGUCCACCAUCUACGGCGCCGAGCUGGAAGGGUCGCUCUUCCUGACCGAAAACCUGACCGCCAACUUUGCUCUCGGCUGGCUGCAGGCGGAGUUCGAUGAAUUCCUGCGUUAUGACCUCGUGGCUCAAGCCUAUGUGGACAUUUCCGAUCAGGUCGUGUUCCAGAAUUCGCCCGAAUGGAGCGGCUAUCUGGGGCUGACCUACACAGCGGAAGCCUUCGGGGGCGACCUGGCGGUUACGCCGUCGAUCUCCUACCGUGACAGCUACAGCCAGUUCGAAUUCCCGAACCCGCUGCUGGAUGAAGACGGCUACACUCUGGUGGACCUGUCCGCCGUCUGGAGCGCGCCGAAUGAACAUUGGGAAAUCGGUCUUCAUGGCCGCAACCUGACCGAUGAGGAGUAUCGCAUCGGCGGUUACAACUUCCCGGGCGCCAUCUUCGACGACUCGGUUGUGGCCUUCUAUGGCCCGCCGCGGACCUUCACCGCGACCCUGACCUACCGCUAUUAA